AUGCUGGGAGUCCUUGUCCGCCGCAGGGAGAAGCAAGAGGAAAUCAUCCGUGCCAUCCCGACUGUCCUCCUGGAGAGCAGGAAGCUGGACUCGUCCUUCGUGGCUAAGAAGCUUAGCUUUUUCUUGGAUGUGUGUGAAGAGUGUAAGCCUCCAAUACCCAAGAAGACCUUCCAGGCCCUUUGCGACUUCGUCUUCCAGCAGGUUCUUCCACUGGAUAACACAGCACAAGAGCUAAAGAAGUCCCAGAAGGCCGAGGAUCAGGUCCCACACCAAAGUUGGACAGCAGAGGCCCAAAGGAGCCCAGCGAAAGGGGAGGUCCAUGAAGGUGGAUCGGCUACAUGUGACCUGUCCAGUUACGGGCAGCUGCAGCAGCUCUCGACAGAUCAUCGCCGCUGGCUCAUGGAUGCUUUCAGCCACCUGGUCAGCUGCUGCCCCGCGAAUGCGCUGGACUUCCUGCAAAGCCAGAUGAAGGACGAGACGGAGCAUGUCCGCGUGGGCGUCUUGAGCCACCUCCGGAUGAUCGUCGGCAGCGAUGAGCCGUGCAAGGCCAGAGACAGGAAGCGCCCCAUCGUGGAAGCCGUCAAGUGCGUUCUGGACGACCGCCGUGAAACGGUGAGGCGGGCCAUUCUGGGCUUUAUCAAAGAGCUACUCCGCUCCCAAAGCGUCGAGGGCUGUGCCGCGUGGGACAUGGUGGCCUACGUUUUCCAGCAGUUCACCGUGCCGGUCAUCCAAGCAGGCAGAGACCCCGUUUCUGACCAGAAGGAAAAGGAGAGAGAGGCGCGCAUUCAGGAAAUCUGCGUUGACCUGCUGGAGCACCUGAACACGUCUGCGGAAGGGAUGAGCAAAGCUCUGUGGCCCCGGCUGCUGCUUUUCGUGGUCCCGGCUCCGUACACGCCCACCUUAAUCCCUCUGUGUAGAUGUCUGAAGGAACUGGCUGCGAUGCGGCAGGACGAAUUCGCUCUGUUCCUUGGAUCAUGCAAAGGAGUCAAUCUUCCGAGCGCCCAAGAAAUGGUGGCGAGGCUUCUGGUCCUGGCCUCCAGCCGCGGCCCGCGGGCGCUGUGGGCCCUGCAGCUGCUUCACACCCUGCACGGCAACAUCCACCCCGCCCUGAGGAACCUGUGGGCACGGCAGGUCCCGUGUCUCUGGGAAUCCUUCCAAGUCAUGUUGUCUUUUCCCACAGGGCUCAGCAGCCAUGAAUGGGAGCAGAAGCUACUGAAGUUUCUGAGAAGGUCCCUGGAGACCAUCGCGGACAGUAUUUGGAUUCAGAGUCUGAGCAGGGAACUGGAGAAUCAGAUGCCCAGUUACGCUGAUCAGUCGACAGAAAAGAUUUUCCUGUACAAAUCUUUGGGCGUUUCGCUGACAAGCUGCGAGGAUCCCGUCUUCGUUCAGAGUCGGUUGCAGCAUUUGGUAGAAAAUGCCGACUAUAUGGUAGAGUCCGAGAGAGAGAAAGUCAUCCAGGUCGUCUCUUUCUCAGCCGUGGGCCAUUUGGACUUAACGUUGGCCAUUUUGCAUGGAUUCGGAGCUAGGAUGCGCCUGAAAGUUAAGGUUUCCGCAAUCAUCAGUCACUAUAAGGACUACCAAAAGGGCAGGCGGGCUCACGUCCACCAAGCCCUGAUGCUCGCCUACGGCGAAGUGGCCCGGCAGGCACCCAGGGAGCUGCUGAUCCCAAGGGCAGAGCCCGACAUCCUGAAGAGGGUCCUCCACCAUUACCGGAAUUGCUGCCAGGUGCUGGGUGUCAGCAUUGAAAAUAAGGACGCGCAUCUCAAGCUUGCCCUCAUUCAGAGCACCACUGAUAUCUGCCGCGCCAUCCAUGAGACCCGGGACUUCCAGAACUUCAGGCUAACGUGCAGACAAGAACUCCUUGAUAUCUUGUUGGGUUUCAUCGGGGAAGAAUCACCGUGCUCUCUGGAGACGCCGCUCCGUUCUAAAGCCAUCGCUGCCAUCGCAUUGCUCAGCAAGCUAAAGCCACCUCUGAACAUGGAGGACAUCCGCAGCAUCCUCGAUCAAAGCAUCAAAAGUCUGUUCCCACUCCCUUCCCUGGAAGAGCUGAAGGAGAAAGGGCGUCCUGAGGGAGAGGCCGUACCUGUCGAGGCGCUGCUCGCCUGCUCCAUGGAAGCCUUGGGAACUCUCAUCAAGAGCUUAGUUGAGGAGAACCCCACCAUGGAGCUGAUGGACGAGGUGUUCCAGCUGAUAGACCCCUGGUUCACGGUGACCGAGAGCAGCCGAGAGCGGGCGCUGCAGGCCAGCUUCCAGGCCCUCUCAGCCUUUCAAGAGAACGCCCCCCUCCCCGAUGGAGAAGAUUUCCAACAUUUCGGGUCCCGGGUGGCAUUCCUUGCCCCAUACACCUGUGAUGAUUCCACGCAAUGCCGGCGGUGGGCGGCCCAGUGCAUCACCUGCCUUAUGCGUAUACAAGCUCGGUCCAGACUCACCCCUGUGGAAGAAGAGGAGAUGUUCUCAGCCUGUUUGGGUCUGCAGACAGAUGCUCCCGGAGACCUCUUCAAAGCAUCAUCCAGAAUGGCCAAGGUGGCCAGCGCCUACUUCCCCCCGGAUCAAGCCCUGGCCUUCAUCGAGGCCAUCUUGGAAGACCUGGUGUCGGGGCAUGAGAAGUGUGCUGUAGCAGCUGGACGCUGGCUGCUCACCCUCCUGCAGGACUGCGGCGGAGCCCUCGAAGCCCAGAUACCCGUGAUCCUGGACGUCUUCUACAGUCGCUUGCCAACCAUCAAGCAAGACGACCUGCGGCAGGUGCUGAUGGAUGCUGUGGUCAUUGUUGCCCGUUAUCACCUGGACGCCGUGUUCAGCAGCCUCCUGGCACGGCGCCUUCCAAUGGACAGUGAGACAGGAGCGCUCUGGAGGUCUCUGGGCAGCGACCCCUCCCUGGCCUCCCCGAUCCUCCACAGCCUGGCAGCCAGGAUGGUGCAGCCCUCGAGCCCGGAGGCCGCGGGGCAGUCCUGCGGUGAAGAGCCUGCCGAGGAGUGUGCAGAUGAAGAGCCCCUCAAAGCCACUUGUGCCGUCUAUGAAGUCCUGGCCGUGCUGGAAGACAGGCAGGUCCUCGCAGAACAGUUUCCGGGGCUGUUCUGCGCUCUCCUCCGGCAGGUCAGCACGACGCUGGGGCAGAAGAUGCCCCUUUCCGUGGGUCGCCGGAGGCUUUUCCUCAGGGAGCGGCAGGUAUCGGAGGGGAACCCUUGCAGGCUCUCCGUGGCGAGUCUGAGGGCCCUGGUGCAGAAGGUCACGCGUGAUCCGUCACUGGUGGGAGAGGUCAACAUCUGGGCUUUGCUGAGGGACCCCCAAGCCCACCAGAACGGUGUCUGUCUGCUGACCAGCCAUUUGUUUCGGAAUCGAUGUCUCAGCCACAAGAUCAUCCAGACAGUGCUCCUCUGGAUGAAUUCAGGGUCCAAAAAGCUGCAGCUCACCGGAACCGCCUUCUUCACUGAGGUAAUUCAGGAUCCCAAGUUAGGAGAAAGGGAGCAGCUGAAAUUUGUCCUCCCUAUCCUGAUGGAGAGAGCAGGAGACCAGCUCGCCAGCAUCCGCCAGAUGGCAAUAAAAGGCCUCGGGAAGGUCAUCGUCAUGGCCCCGGACAAGGUGAAGGAGCAAAAGAAGGCCAUCGUGGCUAUACUUCUUGGAGCUCUGUAUGACCCCAAGGUGGUGCACGAGGGGCUUGAGAUGCUAGCGCUGGCUUUCCCGUGCCUGAAGCGGAAGGACGUGGGCUUUCUCUUUAAAGACAUCUCCAUGAAGACCGUAACGUACCUCGCUGACAAUGAUACUGACCUUCGCGGGGCCGCACUGCACCUGUUUGGCAUCCUGGCUGCUUGGACAAAGUUCAGAUACAAAACAUUUUUUGGGGAGCAAGUCAAGAAGAAUUUGGUGCCGCUCCUUAUUCACCAGUGUGAUCCUAGCCCAAAGGUGUCUGAGGCAUGCAAAGCUGCCUUUCUGCAUUCGGUGAGAUUUUUGGCCAAGAGAAAACUCAGGGCCUACAUUGAAGAGAUUUACCGCACCACGAGCCUGAGCCUACCGAAUCUGGACGCACAUCUGUGCAGGCAGCUGGUUAGCAUCCACCCCGAGCUGAGGGCUGAGCUACUGAAAAAGGCGGUGGGGUAUUUCCAAAGCCCCGGUGAAGAGAUGCGAACGAGGGCUCUGGAGUUAGCGGGAGUAAUUCUGGAGAGCAUGCAGAUCCCGGAACUGGAGGAGGCCACGCGGCAGCAGCUGCUGACCUCUCUCGAAAUGCUUCUGGAGGGGCCCAGUCCUAACCUGCAACAGGCAGCUGCCACCUGGAGAGCCUACGUCUUCAAGAAGUGGGGAGAGCUACCAAGAAGAGAAGCCCCCACCUAUGCCCCUCACAUGUAUGGCCCAUACCAAGUGCCCCGGCCGGGCACAGCCCUGGAAGCAGGAUCCGUCCAGGGCUUGUACGAAUAA